CACACACACACACACACACACACACACACAGACCCAGACGCGCGCGCGCACAUACCCUUGCUCACACGACGCGGACCGUCCGGAGCAAUGGCGGCGGCAGCGGGUGCUGGCAGUGCUGGCACGACCACAGGGUCGGGUGGCAAGCAGUACAACUUCAAGUCCAUCACCAUUGUGCCCACGGCCAAGGAUUUUAUUGACAUUGUGCUCUCGCGUACUCAGCGCAAGACCCCGACUGUCAUUCACAAAAAUUACAAAAUUACCCGCAUUCGUGCUUUUUACACCCGCAAGGUCAAGUACACUCAGCAAACCUUCCAUGACAAGCUAUCGACCAUCAUCACCGAGUUCCCCAAACUCGACGAUGUUCAUCCUUUCUACGCAGAUUUGAUGAACGUCCUCUACGACAAGGACCAUUACAAGCUUGCCCUCGGUCACAUCAACAAUGCUUGUCACCUCAUUGACAACGUGGCCAAGGACUAUGUGCGCCUCCUCAAGUACGGCGAUAGCCUCUACCGCUGCAAGCAGCUCAAGCGUGCUGCCAUGGGCCGCAUGUGCACUAUCAUGAAGCGCCAAGCGUCCUCUCUGGCAUACCUCGAGCAGGUCCGGCAGCAUUUGUCACGCCUGCCGUCCAUCAACCCGACGACUCGCACGCUUCUCGUGACCGGCUUUCCCAACGUGGGCAAGUCCUCCUUCGUCAACAAGAUCACCCGUGCCGAUGUCGAAGUGCAACCCUACGCCUUUACCACAAAAUCCCUCUUUGUGGGUCAUACAGACUACAAACAUCUCCGGUGGCAGGUCAUCGACACCCCCGGUAUCUUGGACCAGCCACUUGAACAGCGCAACACCAUUGAAAUGCAAGCCAUUACUGCCCUCGCCCAUCUUCGUGCUUGCGUCCUCUACUUCAUGGAUCUCUCCGAGCAAUGUGGUCACACCUUUGCUGAGCAAAUAUCGCUUUUUGAAAACAUCAAGCCUCUUUUCGCCAACAAGCCCUUGAUUUUGGUCAUCAACAAGAUCGAUACAGUGGCGCUCGAGGACCUCGAUGCUGACAAGCGAGCCGUCGUCGCUGGCUUUGAGGAGAGCGGCAUCACUGUACUCACCAUGAGCACGCUGACAGAGGAAGGCGUUGCCAACGUUCGCAACACCUCCUGCGACCUUCUCCUUGCCCAUCGCGUUGAUGCUGCCUCUCGCACACACCGAGCUGAGAGCAUUCUCAACCGCCUCCACGUGGCCAUGCCCGCCCGUCGUGACGACAAGGAACGCCCUGCUUUUGUGCCUGAUGGUGCCGAGGCCAAGCGGAUGGGUCGCGUGCCGACCAAGGGCCGUCAGCAGCGCAUUGAUGCCGAAGAGGCUCGAAACAAUGCCAUGGACAGCGAUCGCAAGCUACUUCGUGAUGUGCAAGACGAACUCGGCCCUGAAUAUUCCACUGACAUGCGUGCCGAGUGGGAUCUUAAAGACAAUUCAUGGCGAUAUGACGCCAUCCCCGAAAUUGUCGAUGGCAAAAACGUCGCUGACUUUAUCGACCCUGAUAUCAUGGCCAAGCUGGAGGAGCUUGAGAUGGAGGAAGAGGCUCGUGAGCGGGCCGGCGAAUACGAUUCGGAGAGCGAGGACGAAGCCGAUAAGGUUGCGCGCGCUCAGUCAGCCAUGAUCCGACACAAGCGAAUGAUCAUCCGACAGGCAGCGCAUCUCCGCAAGUCACGCAAUGCUCCCGUGUUGCCCAAGGCCAUUCGUCAGAAACUGAAGCAGCUUCCCAAAGACAUGAAGCGCGAGCGCCGUGAAUACCUCUCCGACAACGAAGAUGGUGAUGCCAUGGAUACGUCUCGUGAUGGCGAUCGUGAUGAUCGCCGUGGAAGUGGUCGCCGCGAGCGCUCGCCCAUUCGUCGUCCCGAGGCCUCCUUCACGGCUCGUAAGCAGAUGGAUCGCCAAGUUGAUCAAGCAGCUGGUAUGGCUGGCUUGCUUACGGCUGCUCAAAAGCGCAAGGCUGUUCAAAAACGGAAUUUGGGCAUGCGCAACAUCAACUACCAGGGUCGUCAGGGUGAAGCCGAUCGCCGCAUCCUCACCCGCAUGCCCAAGCACUUGUUUGCGGGCAAGCGCGGCAACGGUACUGCUGAUCGUCGUUGAGUGGGUCAGAAACAGCCUUUCUUUUGCUCGCCGAUUCCAAGUCGGGCGCUGUCUUCAUGCA